GUCAUAUUUUUUUACUUAUAGGGUAGUAAUAGCCGUUUCUCCACAAAUUAAUGCUGCUCGCGCUGCUCUCGUGUCGUCGUCAAUUGGCUUCACUGACUGAGCCCGCCACCUGUUCGACGAAAUGCCGCACUGCGAAAGAACGACUCCCGUCCUUCUGUAACUCCAUCAUCCGCUCCGCCAUUGAGAAAGGCUCUCCCACAAAUGCCUUCCUCGCUUUCAAAUCCCUGCAUGCAUGCGGCGCCCUCCGGCCGGACCACCGCACCCUCGCCCUACUCCUCCAAGCCUCCACCAUCUCUCCCCACCUCUCCAACGCAUCUGAAGUCCACGUCUGGUUCAUUAAACUCGGCCUCCAAUGGCUCAGCUCUCGUUCGCCUCUUCUCUUUCAGCUUUAUCUCUCCAGGGAUCUUUUGACCGAUGCCCUGCAACUGCUCGACGAAAUUCUUGACAAAGACCCCGACCCCUUCCAUGGGAAUUUACUGAUCAUGAGUUUUCUGCGAAAGGAAGACAUUGACAGCUCCUACAAGGUGUUCAACAGAAUGCCCGUGCGGGAUAAGAUCUCGUGGAACUCCAUGAUCACUGCCGCGGUUAGGAGCUCGCGACCUCUGGAGGCCUUGAGUCUCUACAGACGGAUGAUGCUCGCCGGCGUUGAGCCGGACUGCUUCUCUUUCUCAACAGCUCUGUCCGCCUGUGCUCGUGCCGGCGCGCUGCGCAACGGCCAGCAGAUUCACCAGCUGAUGACCGAGAAAGAAACUGGUUUUGAAUCCAACCCUUUUCUUUGCUCGGCUCUAAUCGACAUGUAUUCCAAGUGCGGAAAGAUCGAUAUCGCUCGACGCAUCUUUGAUUCAGUAAAGAGAUUCUCCCUCUCCGUUUCUAUCUGGAAUGCCAUGAUCACUGGUCUGGCCAUCCAUGGACGUGGGUCAGAAGCUCUCCAGGUGUUCUGUUCAAUGACCAAAGAAGCUAUUUUUCCUGACAAAAUCACCUUCGUAGGGAUCCUAACCGCAUGUAGCCAUUGCGGCAUGGUAAAAGAAGCUCGCUUCUACUUCGAUUCGAUGCAGCGAGAUUUCUCCAUCAAGCCACAACUGGAACACUACGGAGCCAUGGUUGACGCCCUGGCGCGUGCCGGGCAACUGGACGCCGCCUACGAGAUCAUAAAGGACAUGCCAUUUGCACCAGAUUCUGCAAUUUGGCGAGCUUUGCUCGGAGCUUGUCGAAGGAACGGCCGUUGGGAUGUUGCAGAGAUGUUGAUGGGGAAGAUGAAGCGGUGCCACAGUGGGGAUUAUGUACUCCUCUCGAGCAUCUACUCGUCGGCUAAGGAUUGGGAGAAGGCUGAGGGAGUGUGGAGAGUGAUGAAGGAGAACGGAGUGCGGAAGGGGAAGGGAUUGAGCUGGGUGGAGGUGGAUGGCAGAGUUCUGCAGUUCAAGGCCGGAGACCGAUCGCGCCGCACUUCCGACGACAUUUAUAGGGUGUUAGGGGAGCUGAUGGGGAGAGCUAAGGAGGAAGGAUACGUGCCGAACACUGAAGUGGCGACGAAAGAUGUUUCUGAGGAAGAAAAGGAGGAAACUUUGAGCAGUCACAGUGAGAAGCUUGCUGUGGCUUAUUGUGUGAUGAGUAAUGGAGGGGAGGGAGUGGAAGAUAUUCGGGUUUCGAAGAACCUGCGGACUUGCUGGGACUGCCAUGAGUGGAUGAAGGUGGUCUGUACGGUGUUGGGGCGGGUGAUCAUUGUCCGGGAUAGGAUUAGGUUCCACAGGUUUGAGAAUGGGGCUUGCUCUUGUGGGGACUAUUGGUGAUUAGGGUGAGUAUUAUUGUUCACUUUCUGAAGGAAAUAGUUGGUAUAUGUAACAUAAUGUACUUCUGGAUACAUGGACUUCAGCUCUUUUGUUGAAG